GUUUGGGGGUGGUCCAGACAUUCAGUCCCUGUGUAGCGUACCUCACACACAUACACGCACACUGCCUCCACGCAUCAGUUCAGAUAAACCAGAGUUCGCGACGGAUGCAGUGCACGAAGCUUCCACUUCUUUCAUUUGAAUCACAUAUUUUUUCGGUGUAGGGUGUUUCCCGACACUAUUCGGUUUUGUAAAUGGUUUCUUAAGUGUGAAUACUCAUGGAUCUAUUGCGCACGGAUCUAUUCCACUUCUUUCUCCGCUAUCCCAAUGGCAGAAGCGGGGACAAAGCCGAGGAGCGUACGGUGGAUACCGCUUUAGUAGAAACCAGACCGGUUGUCUGUGAUUGGAAAUAUCGCACGGCUGCUGCUUUUCUUUGCGAUUGAAGGCAGUCCUUAAACACAGCCGCCAAUAAGGUAUAUGACUUGGCUCUGAACCGCGACGUCUAAAUGAAGUGGCCCAGCCAUGCAAUGUUCCUGGAAGGCAGUGAUCCUGCUGGCCUUGGCCUCCAUCGCCAUCCAGUACACCGCCAUCCGGACUCUCACCUCCAAGCCCUUCCAGCUCUGCCCCGUGCCAAGCCCCCAGAACUGUGGCCUCCCGGGGAGCCCCGAGACAGAGUCCCCCAUCGAGGGGCGGGCCGGCUGCGACGACUACCCCUACUUCAGCUUCAACACCUCCCGUAAGACCCACAUCAUGGUGCUGGCUACAACGCGCAGCGGCUCCUCCUUCGUGGGCCAGCUGCUCAACCAGCAUGCCGACAUCUUCUACCUAUUCGAGCCCCUCUACCAUGUGCAGACCACGCUGAUCCCUCGGCUAUCUCACAGCCGCAACGCAGCCGACCGCAGGGUGAUGCUGGGUGCCAGCCGCGACCUCCUGCGGAGCCUCUACGGCUGCGACCUCUACUUUCUAGAGAGCUACAUUAAGCCGGUGCCGGCCAACCACACCACGGAUAAGCUGUUCCGCAGAGGGGCCAGCCGGGCGCUAUGCUCGCAGCCCGUGUGUGACGCCUUUGGCCCCUCCGACGCCAAUGUGGAGGAGGGUGACUGCGUCAAGAGGUGCGCCGCCCUCAACAUGACCCUGGCGGCCGAUGCCUGCCGCGAGAAGCGGCAUGUGGCGAUCAAGGUUGUGCGUGUGCCGGAGAUCGGGGACCUGCGGGCACUUGUGGAGGAUCCGCGGCUGAACAUCAAGGUUAUCCAGUUGGUGCGCGACCCUCGCGGGAUCCUGUCGUCGCGGAUCGAGACUUUCCGGGACACCUACCGUCUGUGGAGGAUCUGGAGGGCCACAGGGCGGAGGCCAUACAACCUGGACCUCAGCCAGCUGACAAUGGUUUGUGAGGACUUCCUCAGCUCUGUGUCCACAGGGCUCAGCCACCCCCACUGGCUCAAAGGGAAGUACAUGCUGGUGCGUUACGAGGAUCUGUCCAGGAACCCUCUGCUGAAGACCAUGGAAAUAUAUGACUUCCUGGGUCUGCCGAUGGACAAGAGCGUGGAGGAGUGGAUACAGGCCAACACUAGGGGCAGCACCGAGCUGUCGGCCAAACACAAGUAUGGUACGGUGAGAGACUCAGCGGCCAACGCCGAGAGCUGGCGCUUGAAACUGUCCUAUGACAUGGUGGAGUACACGCAGGCGACAUGCCAGAAGGUUCUACACCAACUGGGCUAUAAGGCAGUGAAGUCAGCAGAGGAACUGAAAAACAUGUCGCUCUCACUCGUGCAGGACAAAACUUUUGUACCUUUUUCAUAACAAAGAUAGUUCCCGGAUGACUAUUUUUGAUAUAUUUAUAAAUGUUGCCUUAUAAUUUUCAUGGGUUAUGUUUGUGUUUUUGUCUUUGAUUUCAAAUUUGCACUACAACUAAAUAAUUUUUAAAGUCAUCUGAGGGUGGGAGCUCCCUUGUUGAUUUAGGAACAGCACAAAAAUGUUUGAUUUAAAGAAAAAAAACUUGAGUAAAACACACCAGUUUACAAAUGUAAAUUCAACUCAGAAGGAUUUCAUAGUGAAGACCAUUGACUUUUACUUUCAGCCAUCUUAACUAAAUACAAGGUACCGUCCUCGUAGAUUUCCUGUAUGCCAGCUGUUGCAUCAACACCAAGUGAAUGUUGCCAUUCCAUCUAGGGGUGACUGAGUCCCCCGUAGCUGGCGGAAAACUGACUUUUAUAGGACUUGUGAUGACAACAUUGGACUGUACAAGACCAACUGCGCAAUAAAUAGUGAAUGUUGCAGUCAAA